UGUCAGUUUCCUCUACUUCUUUGCAAAGCGGCCUGCCUGCACCGACAGUAAUUCGUAUCAGUCCUGCAUCGCACUUUCAUCGUUCAAUCGGCAACCUCAAAGCCUCCAGAUACAGCCUUCAUCAUGAGCGGUGGACCAGUGAACCCCUUGACCUACCAGCCUGCACAGGUCCAUCUCGACCAGGUCGUCAAGUCCGAGAACGGCGAGACGUUCGCCCCUUCCCCAAUCCGCCCAUACAGCAUCAACAACGAGCUCGAACGUCUCCGACUGGGCGAAGAAAUCUUCCCAAACACCAUCCCCACCAACAACCUCAUCGAGGGCGGUUCCGGCGGGUUCCAAAGCUUCGGCGACUCGUCUCUGACCCCUAGAUCAGCGUACUCGAACCAAGCCACUGGUGGAACUCACUCGGGCAGCUCCUACUCCGGCAACGGUGGCGGUCAGCCCAGCCAGGCAGCCUCUGAAGCCUGGUCGGCACUGCAGCAAGGUCUCGGCAACAACCCCAACAACGGUACCAUCGGCGGCCACGACCACAGCGCCUACGCUUACGGCACGGCCGCCUCCAACAGCGGUGGAGUCAACAAAUCUCUCUUCGGCCGCAACCACACCGACGUCAAAGCCGACCCGCAGACGCACACCGUGACCCUCAGCACAACGACCUACCAGCCGCGCGACAACAAGGUCGUCGAGGCCGUCGACACGUACACGUACCGCCGCCCGGAGACGACAAACGGGGAGUAUGGCAACUUCCCGCGCAGGGGACAUAAUGAGCAUUUUGUGAAUGGUGGGCAGGUUGAUCAGCUUUAUGCCCAUGGUGGGAAGGCGGUGAAGAAUGGGGACAAGGUUGUGCCGUUGGGUGGGCCGGGAUACUCUGAGGAGCGCCCCGGACUGGCCAGGCACGGCGGCAACCUGGUGUAAUGGACGGCUUACGGGACGGCAAACAAGCGCCUUCUCAAACGUCGAAUUCGGACAUUCACUGCCUGACACCAAUGGCCCUUCCUCGCAUAUUCGUACUAUAGACCAAUCAGUGUAUUAUAAAGAAAAAUACAAAGUCAUGAAACAGGAACCACGAC